GAAACCUUGUGUUACAUAUUCUAACCAGUCACUUUAAAAGGACUGAGUUUCACAAAAAGCAGUUAUACAGAACUUAGUAAAAGUGAGAACUCAGAAAUCAAACACUAUCUUAUCCUCCAAUUUUGUUUUAAACACCAGCAUAAAUAUUCUAUAUAUAAUAUACAGUGUUAUACACUAAAGGUGACAUUAAAUAAGAUCUGCUUUGUCUAUACAGGUUCUUGUACUCCAGCUGCUGCAGUGAUGAGAGCAGUACCUUCCAGUAGGGCACUAAGCAACAGGACUAGCACUGUCACAUGUAGUUCUCUCUCUCAUUCUUUUCAGAGGAGAUGAUUUGUGUAUGCAAGUGUAGUGGUUUUCAUCUUUUUUUUUUUUUUUAAACAUACAUGCUUCCACUGGAGAAGAAGGUGGUGAGGUCUGUGGUGGUUCUUUUCUCCCGUGAGAGUUCGUUCCACAGACUGACUAUUGCAAAUAUAGGCCUCAAUCCUGAAAAAAAAAACUUAUUCUUGGGCUUAAAAUUUAAGCAUGUGAAUGGUCCCACCGACUUCAAUAGGAUUACUCAGAUGCUUACAGUUAAGCAUGUCAACGUACAGUAAAUGUUUUUAGGUUUGGGGCUAUAUGUUAAAAAAGAACAUUAAAUGAUAAAAAUUAAGACUUCCCCAGAUUUUAGAAGAAUUUGAACAUUGGUUUAUUUUAUAAAAGUUAUAAUUAUUACUUUUACAAGAUGCAUUGCUCAAAUUUUAUUCAUUAGCCAAAAGAAAUUUGUAAGAUUUAUUUUUAGAUGCUUUAGUCCAAAUUUUCUACCAAUUUACAACGCUGCCAACUAGAAAUAUUUUAUAGCGCAUUUUAGAAUUCUCUUAUAGCCAGGAAAUGCUAUAAAUUGAAACAGAGCAUUUAACCAUUACCCUUAUUUCUAGGUAUAUGAUUUAAGUUCAACAUGAAUUCAAAAGCAUCACAGCCAAAAAUAAAAUUUCAAGAUAGCUAAAUACAGCUUUUUCAAUAAUGUGAAAGGUAACUGAAAUACUGUUCCCAAGUUAUUUAAUAAGUAAAAAUGGAAAAAACUGCAUAUAAAUAAAAUAUCAUAUAUACUCAUUCAUAAGCUGAAUUUUUUUUUAGUAAAAAAGGGACACACCAGAGAAGGUCAGCUUAUGAACAGGUAUAGAGAGGGAGGUGGGACACAGCCCCUCCCCCCAACAAAGGGAGCAAGGAGAGGCAGCACAGCCAGCAGAGACAGAAGGGAAGAGACGGGGCAAGAGUUUCUCUGCUUCUGGCCAUGCUGCUCUCCCCCUAGUUGCUUGGCCCUGCCCCCCAGAGCAGGCUGUGGCUGUGCUGGCUGUGCUGCCUGGCCCGCUGGAAAACGCUGCGGCUGUGACGCCCAGCCUAGCCUGCUGGAACAGGCUGCAGCCGCGCUGCUCUGUCUGGCCCACUGGAGCAGACUGCGGCCAUGCUGCCCAGCCUGCCGGAACAGCUCCAGCCAGGUCAGAGGCAUCCUCCCUAGCCCACACACCAACAUAGCAUUCCUCCUCUCAUCUAUAGAAAAUAAUGCUGCUGAAUAGUUCCUAAGUGUUCUCAAGCAACAGAAGACAGACAUAUUUGCAUACUCACAGCAAGAUACAACUGUUACAUGCAUACGUGUUAUAGGAAGUGGAAAACAGACCAGCUAAAUAUAACCACAAGGUAUUUGCAAAGGAGAUAUCUCCAAACUCCUCUAUCCACAGCAAAACCAGAGUAAGAAGAAAACUUUACAAGAUCAUGCUGCAAAAGAGCCUGUGGAAGAUACAGAUCCAAGCACUUUUCCAUUAGAAAUGAGAGAAAAGUAUCCUGUCCAAGAUACACGGCUACCUAAAGAUGAGGAGUACCUAACAGAUAAAGUUACAUUGGAAAUAGCAUCUAUUAACAUCAGAAGUCUUACAUCAGAUUCUGGCCUAAUACAACAGCCAGAAGAGAAUGAUAGUCAAAACAAUACUGGAGAAUCACUUUCAGAUAUGAGGAGCUCCUGCAAAGAAAAUGGCACCUGCUCGUUAUGUUUGUGUCGUGCUCCAACCAUCAGCGACUUGCUCAAUGAUGAGGACUUGUUGUAUACAAUGAGGAUAAAGUUGGAUCCAUGCCACCCUACAGUAAAAAACUGGAGAAAUUUUGCAAGCAAAUGGGGAAUGACCUAUGAUGAAUUGUGUUUCCUGGAACAGAAACAACAAAGCCCUACGUUGGAAUUUUUGUUGCGGAACAGUGACAGAACUGUGGAACAAUUGAUUGAUCUAUGUAAAUUAUAUCAAAGAAUUGAUGUUGUGAAAGUGCUGCUGAAGUGGGUGGAGGAAGAAUGGCCAAAGAGAGGGAAUGGAACCUAUCAGAAUCACUUCUAGGUCAAAGAAAAUUGUUAGCUUGAAAAAUUUACUUGUCUAAUUACCACUAGUGAGAGGGAAGCUUUCCUUGUCCGUGAAAGGGCACAUACCAUCAGUUUAUGCAGAAUGCAAGCUUUUAUUAUAUAUAUCAAACAAAGAUGACCUUCCAAAUGUGAACAGGAUAUCACUAAUACAGAGUUGUCUUCCUGAGUCUACAAACAUUGUAAGUCUUUUCCACUGCUCAUAGAUUUCCCAAGCAGGAGCAGAGUGAAAAUGACACAGCAUUGAGCAAUAUGACCCUAGAAAUUUAGAACCUUGGAAGGAGUGAAACUGACAAGAAUGUCAGUUUCCCACUGCUGUUGAUUUGUAAAGUUAUGAUCAGCAGCCAAGAGGCUUGAACCAUUGCCCCUACCUCACUGGUAACCCUGCCCCUAUCUUUCAUAUCAGCUUCUACUUAGUAGGUGUCUGGUAAUAUUUCAAGCCCUAACAGGAGGAAUAAAAGGAUCGGUUAAAGAAGUGUUUAAUAUUUUUGGUAUAGGAACACCUUAUGUGUUUCCAACAUCACUUUGCAUUUGCAUUAUUGGAUUAUUUUAAUGUUUGAAUACCCCAUUUUGCAAAAAUUUCAUUUGGAUACUCUCUUAUUAAAAAAAAAAGACAUUAAAUGAAAUUGUUGUGUAAUUCUACUACAUUAGAAUUAUAUAUUGGUUAUGGAAGAAAUCACAUUGAAUUUAGAGAGAAUUUCCAAGGCCCACAAGAGUUGGGGACAAAAAAGCAAUUAAGAAAAUGCUUUAUAUUAAAAAUGAGUUCCAAGAGUUUUGAAGAAAACAUUCAGUUGCAGGACUCUUAUCUGUUUUUCUCAAUGCUUCUUGUUUUGAGGUGGGGAGACAGUUGUAGCCUCACCCACAGCGUCCUCAGUACAGUACUCACUAGGAUUUUCCUGUUCAAAGAUUGUGGUUUUCUAGAAGAGAUCACAAAACAGUCCUGUGGGCUGACCCAUUUUACACUUUAUUUAGAGACCAUUUCCUGGCUGCAAAACAACACAUGUACCACUUAAGCCAUCAUAAUGGCUUAAGGGAGUGAGUGUGGAUAGCUACUGGAGAGUUUAAGAGGGUUUAAGUCGUCCCAGGGAUUUGGUCUUGUUGCUACUUUGCAUUUAAAUGGUUAAAUUUAAAAUGUAUUUUAGAAAGGAUUAACAAUAAUUGAUAUUGCUCUUUUCCCUACAAUUCUUACAAUAUAUGUUCUAAUAUUCUAAAGCCAGUUUGAAAAAAAUCAGUUUUAGACAUUCUUUUAUGUUAACUAAAGCAUCUUGAGUUAGUACAUUGUCCACCAUUAUUUUGCUAUAUAUACACCAAUGUACCAAAACACAGGCAAAAUCUAGGAUGGGUUUAUGGCACAUGUACUGUUUAGUUUCAGAAAUUUGGAAUGAUCACUAAACUUCUGCAGAAAAAAGGAGUGAAGCAAAAAGAGGGAUUGUGUCUUGAGAUCCCUACUUCAGGACAAGAUAAGGCCUAAUGCAUAUUAUACGGUGUAUAUUUUAUAUCAGUGGGGGUGGUUACUGAGCAGCUAGAGGUAAAGGCCAUCAUUUUCAAACCUCGGGGCCAGAUUUGCAGGCAGCAUAAAUCAGUGUUGUUGUACUGACUUCAAUAAAGAUGAGAAUAAAGUGACCUGAUUUCAGAGUCUGAGUAGGAAAGGUCAAAUUUUCCAUAAAAACUGUAUUUUGGAUGGCAAAUUGGAUUAUUGACUAAAUUAAUUUUCAUGAAAGGUAUCUGCUUUCUGCAAGAAAACAGUAAUUUUUUUCAUUCAAAAAUGGAAUGUUCCGAAAGUGAGAAGUUUUUAGCAGAAAACCACAUUUUUUUGAAUGUGAAAUGCUGCUGUGGUACAUCAUGGGAGUUGUAGUUCAAGCACCUCCUGCUCCUCUUCACCUCUGUGGGCCGGCUUAAUCUCCCAUGAUGCUCUACACCAGCAUUUCUCAAACUCGGGUUCACGGACCCCUGGGGAUGCUCAAGGGCACUCCAGGGGGUCUGUGGGCCCCGCUGAUCAACUCCUCCUUCUCCCCAGCUGUUCCCUGGUCUGCGGGAGACUCUGGGAGGGAGGGGAAGGAGCAGGGUAGAGCGUGCUCAGGAGAGGGGGCGGCACAGCAGGGCUAAGGCAGGCUCCCUAUGUGCCCUGGCUCCGUGCUGCUCCUGGAAAUAGCUGGCAUGUCUCUGCAGCCCCUAGGGUGGAGGUCUGGGGGUCUUUGUGCACUGCGCCUGACCUGAGCGCCAACUUCUCAGCUUCCAUUGGCUGGAAACUCUGGCCAGUGGGAGCUAAGGGGUGGGCAGUGCCUGCAGACAUGGGUAGUGCAUCGAGCCGCCUGGCUCCCCGCCUAGGAGCCGUUGCCAGAGGGAUGUGCCAGUCACUUUCAAGAGCCACCCAGCCAGAGCCCGCACCCCUUCCCACACCCAAACUCCCUCCCAGAGCCUGCACCUCGUCCUGUAGCCCAACCUCCUGCCCCAGCCUGGUGAGAGUGAGUGAGUGAGGGUGGGGAAAAAUGAGCAACAGGGGGUGGAGCCUUGUAGAAUGGGUGGGGCAAGGGCUGUGGGGAGGUUGAGGGGCGGGGUCCUUGAAAAAUUUUAAAUCAAAAUGGUGGUCCUCUAGUUGCUAAAGUUUGAGAACCGCUGUUAUACACCCACGGAACUGCCAUGAUGCACUGCCUCUUCUCACCUAGAACAAUGUGGUGUAUCAUGGGAGAUGUAGUCCAACCAGGGAGCCUGACUUAUUGAGAAUGGGAGCAUGAGGCAUCGGUAUUUCCAAAUAAAAAUAUUUCAGUUUUCAUCAGAAAUACAAAAUUUCCAUGGAAAAACUAGUAAGAAAAACAAAUCUCAUUUAAUCAAAAUUUUCCAUUGGGGGAAAACAGCCCCCAUUUUCCCAACUAGCUCAAGUUCCGAGCCCUUGCAGUUCUCAUUGAAGUCAGUACAAGCUACAGGUGUUCAGCACCUCUGACGAGAAGACCACUUUUAUUUACGAGCCUGGGCAUGAAUUUAGUUUAACUUUAGGCAGCUUGGUUUGAAAAGGUUAGCCUUAAACUUUAUUACACCUGUAGUUGCUCAUUAUUACUAUAGUUGACAUAAUAGGAUUUAUUUAAUGUUUUUAUCCUUGAUAUGGCAUGAACUGGGUUAGACACUUCAAAUAUUUUCAUACCUGAAUAUCCAUGUCUACAAGACAUUAGUCUGAUCAGCCUUGGAAUAUGUUUCCUAUCUCUGUUACAAUGUAUACUAUGUUAGUAGAAAAAAUA